UCGCCAGGAGUCGCAAUCGCAACCACCAGUUUUGCCCCUCCUCGGGAUCAUUUCACUCUCCCAUUCACACCUCCCUCCACCAUCGCCUAGAUCUUCUCUCCCUCUUCGCCCUCCUCCUCAGCGCAACAAACAGGCAACCGACAUCAAUCCGUCGGUCAGACCCCCUCACCCGCCGCAAUGCCCAAGAAACUCUCCAAGAACCCGCAGGGCGGCAGCACAACAACCCUCGGCACGCCCUCGACCUCGACGACGUCCUCCCUCUCCCUCCCGCGCAUCCUCACUGACGACCUCCCGCUGCCCAAGCUCAUCGUCUUUGACCUCGACUACACUCUAUGGCCUUUCUGGGUCGACACCCACGUCGCCGCGCCCCUCAAGGCCAACGCCACGCACUCCGCCGUCGCCGACCGCCACGGCGAGUCCUUCGCCUUCUACCCGGAUGUCCCGCGCAUCCUUUACACUCUGCCGCUGGCCGGCGUCAAGAUCGCUGUCGCCUCGCGCACCUCGGCGCCUGACCUCGCCCGCGACAUGCUGAAGCUGCUGCACGUGCCGCCACCGAGCGUCGACGAAGGCGGCAUCGGCAGCGGUAACGGGACGGGCAAGAAGGAGAAGACAAAGAAGGCGCUCGAGUACUUUGACGGCCCGCUCGAGAUCUACCCGAGCAGCAAGAUCCGCCACUUCGAGACCAUCUUCCGCAAGACGGGGAUCCCCUUCACCGACAUGCUCUUCUUCGACGACGAGAGCCGGAACCGCGAGACCGAGAGCCUUGGCGUCACGAUGCAGCUCGUGCGCGACGGCGUGUCGUGGGGCGAGAUCGAGAAGGGCGUGGCGGAGUGGCGGAAGAGGAGGGGAUACUCGGGGUAGAUU